GCGGCCUCAGCUCGGCCCCAGCGCGGCCCUUCUAGCCACGCACUUCCGCCUUCCUCUCGGUGCCCGCGCCGUUGCCGUGGAGACGGAAGAUGGCGGCCGCAGGUCCUGGCAAUGGAAACGAGCAACACUGAGCCCCUCAGCUCCACGCCAUGAGCUGCCUUUGCCUCUGGGGACGCUGGAGCUGAGAGCUCCAAGGCCAAGGGAAGGAGGAUGCUCCAGACCAGCAACUACAGCCUGGUGCUGUUCCUGCAGUUCCUGCUCCUCUUCUAUGACCUCUUUGUCAACUCCUUCUCGGAGCUGCUCCGCACAGCUCCUGCUGUCCAGCUCGUCCUCUUCAUCAUCCAGGACAUUGCUAUUCUCUUCAACGUCAUCAUCAUCUUCCUCAUGUUCUUCAACACCUUCGUCUUCCAGGCUGGGCUGGUCAAUCUCCUCUUCCACAAGUUCAAGGGCACCAUCCUGCUGUCUGCAGCCUACCUGGGGCUCAGCAUCUCCUUCCACGUGUGGGUUAUGAACCUGCGCUGGCGCGACUCCAGCCGCUUCGUGUGGACCGAAGGCCUGCAGACCCUCUUCGUGUUCCAGCGCCUGGCGGCCGUGCUCUAUUGCUACUUCUACAAGAGGACCGCGGUGCACCUGGGGGACCCCCUCUUCUACCAGGACUCUCUGUGGCUGCGCAAGGAGUUUGAGCAGUUCCGUGGCUGACGGUUCCCCUCCAUUCUCCAUCACCUCCUGGCCCCCAGUGGGG